UUGGGGUAAGUGCAAGAGGGCUCUCCGGUCUCCACUCGCACUCGGCUACCAGAUUCAGCCCAGAUUGCUGCACAGGUAGCGGACACUGUAAAAAGAGAGAAUGGAUAGGGAGGAACCUUUAACGGUCAUUUGCACAGUUGUAGCUAUAGAUCCCACCAGCUUCUGCUAUAGAGUAUGCUCUGUUUGUGAUAAGACACUCCCCGAUAAGGGCCCUUCUCUGUGCCAAUUCUGCAAUAUGAAGGGCUUCAUCGCAGGCUCCUCUGAUUUCGAACGCCUCUAUCGUGUUCUUCUGUCCGUCGCAACGGAGAACAAGGUUUUUGUUGUGAUAUGCUUUGAUAGGGCAGCUCGAGUUCUGUUUGGUUGCUCUGCUGAUGAAUUCUUCGAGUUCAGCAAGCUAAACCCUCUUUCAGCUGUGGCAGCAGGCAAGGUACUAGAGGGAGAGAUGUUCCAGAUGACACUAUCCAAACCAAAGAAUGGCAAUGCCCAGUAUCUCCGAGUUGUGUCUGUCUUUCCUCUGCGCUCAGACUUUUCCCCAGCAAUCAACACCUUGAAGAAACUAUAUGGUGUUGGUGGGAGUUCCUCCUGAAUCUAGAGUCUAGCUUUUAGCGAUACCUCCGUAAACCAUGUCUUGAAAGUUGGAACCAUACUUGUUAGAAAAGAUAACUGGUGAAGAAAUGUCAGCCA